UUUUGCACUUCCGUAUUGGCCUCGUCGCUCAGCCCGGGAUGUUGCCCCUUGGUUCUUCCACACCCCGGACUCAGCAGCGUCUGUCAGCGGACUACCAGUGAGACAUGCCGGUGGAUUUGAGCCAGUGGAGCGGUCCUCUUGCUCUGCAGGAGGUGGAGGAGAAGCCCGCCCGGCCCCUGACGGUGAAAUACGGAUCCGUGGAGGUCGACGAGCUCGGCAAAGUGCUCACACCGACACAGGUGCAGAAUCGACCCACCUGCAUCGAGUGGGAAGGAUGUGACCCGGGUAAGAUGUUCACUCUGGCCCUGACCGACCCGGAUGCCCCGAGCAGGAAGGAGCCCAAGUUCAGGGAGUGGCAUCACUUCCUGGUGGUCAACAUGAAGGGCAACGACGUGUCCUCUGGCUGCGUCAUGUCCGACUACGUGGGCUCUGGACCUCCCAAAGGCACAGGUCUCCACAGGUAUGUGUGGCUGGUGUACGAGCAGCCCGGCAGCAUCUCCUGCUCCGAGGCCGUUCUCACCAACUGCUGCGGCGACGGCCGCGGAAAGUUCAAGCUCCAGAGCUUCAGGCAGAAGUACGAGCUGGGAGCCCCGGUGGCGGGAACCUGUUACCAGGCGGAGUGGGACGAGUACGUCCCCAAGCUGUACGAGCAGCUGGCUGGAAAAUAAGAGAAUUAAAAAAUCCUCAACCUGCACUAGGAGUUCCUGUGGAGGAAGCUCCCGUUCUCACAUGUGGCAAAAAAAAACAACCAUUAACAGUAUUUUUCUUUUUUGUUAGUGCCACUGAAUAUUUUCUUUUUCCCACUGUUGCCUUCCCACGCUGUGACAAAAAUACCAGUGAUGUCACCUGAUCGUCUUUAAUAAACCUGUUCAACACUGA